AGUUGGGCCAGAGGCGAGGGCGCACAUCCAGUAGUACGGCGCAGCCAUGACGGGCCCGGCGCGUGUGCGCCGCACCGCGCUCCAUCUCGUGCCCGCCGCGCUCCUGCUCUUUCUAUGGAGUCCACGUCUUACUUCAGCAGCGGUGUGCAACCAGACAUUAUGCGAUUGUGAAGGCAUCAAAGGUAGUGCUGGAGAACCUGGACCGCCAGGCUUUCCAGGCCUCCCCGGGGACUAUGGAGAUGAUGGUCAAGAAGGUCGCAUGGGAAUACCUGGAGAAAUUGGUGAAGUGGGGGACAUUGGAGAUUACGGUGAUAAAGGAGAGAGGGGUUUAGAUGGACACUACGGGCCAAGAGGAUUUACUGGCGCUCAAGGUCCACAAGGAUUACAAGGUAUCCCAGGAACUAUGGGUUUAGAUGGUUGCAGUGGUAUUGACGGCGUAACAGGCCCACCAGGGAGGAGCGGCCCGCCUGGUAACAGAGGUCCGCCCGGUUCAUAUGGUGAAAAAGGUUUCAAAGGGGUUCCGGGUGACGGUGGAGCCAAUUCUAGAGGCAUAGUAGGAGAGCCAGGAGUACCUGGUCGCCCUGGAGAAUCCGGACGUCCAGGACCGACUGGCUGGGCAGGAAAUAGUGGAGAUCGUGGUGAAGAUGGUGAUAUGGGUCUACCGGGUGUCAAAGGCGAAUCUGGAUAUAGAGGAGAUAUUGGAGACGAUAAUUUUGGACCUCAGGGACAAAAAGGAGAACCUGGGCCAAGAGGUGAGCCAGGUAGAAGAGUCGUAGUCAUUUAUCCACUUUAUGACAAUGGAACUAUUGUAACAAAAGGAGUAAAAGGUAGACAAGGUUCUCCCGGUGAACAAGGUGACAAGGGAGAGAAGGGAGGACAAGGUUCACCAGGUUUGCCGGGUCAAAAUGGAUUCCCUGGAAUAGAUGGCUAUAAAGGAGAUCAAGGCGAACAGGGACCAAGAGGUAAACCUGGUCACAGAGGUCCAGAUGGACCCGCAGGGCCAAAAGGAUUCAAAGGAGCUCCAGGAUAUCCUGGUCAAGAUGGUGAAGAUGGAGUUCCAGGAACACGUGGUCAUGAUGGAAGGUUGGGUAAUCCGGGGCCUCAGGGUCCCCCCGGAGAACCUGGUAUAUAUGAUGAAUCUUUAGAUAUACCCCCAACACCAGGCGCCAUGGGACCACAGGGUCCUGAAGGAUAUCCGGGAGAAAAAGGAAUGCCCGGAUUUGAUGGAUUGGUUGGAAUUCCAGGUGUUGUGGGAGUACCAGGUCCACCUGGAAUAAAGGGUAUACAGGGAAAAAUUGGAAAACCUGGCAUUUCACCAAAAGGAGAACCAGGAAAUGAUGGAUAUAAAGGAUUACCUGGGUUGCGUGGUCCAACAGGAUUACCCGGACCCGAGGGUAAAAUAGGUGCAAAAGGUUUCCCAGGAUAUACGGUUCGAGGUCCAAAAGGUGAUGAAGGUGAUCGCGGAAUAAACGGUUUUCCUGGGCCACAAGGCGAACGUGGUAGUCCAGGAUUAAUGGGUCCACCUGGAAUUUCAGGAACUGGAGUAAAUAUUACAGGGCCACGAGGAGAAACUGGUAGACCUGGUCUACCUGGACCUAUCGGUGAUCCUGGAGAUUUUGGGCUCCCUGGAAUCCUUGGACCUAAGGGACCCCGUGGUGAUGACUGUCCGUUCUGUCCAUCAGGAUUACCUGGCCAGAAAGGAAUAAAAGGUGAUGAUGGACUUCUGGGACAAAAAGGAUACCCUGGUUUUAUGGGUUUACCUGGAGCACGAGGUCGGAAAGGUUUUGCUGGAACACCGGGAAGACCGGGUUUCCAUGGACCUAAGGGAAUAAAAGGAUUACCGGGCGGAACAGGAAAACAAGGACAACCAGGAAUAAAAGGCAGAAUUACAUUACGACCACUUCCAAUAAUUCAACAAGACAAAGGAGAACCAGGAGAGAGAGGUUUCACUGGACCUCCAGGUCUACAUGGUAAUGCAGGAUUCCAAGGUGAUCGGGGAGACGCUGGACUAAAGGGCCGCAAAGGUUUAAGUGGUGAUUACGGCCUUCCUGGUUUAUCAGGUCGUGAUGGAACAAAAGGCCGAAGCGGGUGGCCUGGAAGACCUGGUGCUCCCGCUAGAAUCCCCAUUCAAUUUCUUCGUGGUCAAAAAGGAGAGCCUGGACGAAAAGGCGAAAUGGGCGAUGUCGGCGAUCCUGGUAUACAAGGAGAAACGGGCGAAUCAGUAGAUGUAGAAUUGAAUGUUAAAGGAGAAAGAGGUUUCAUCGGGCCCAGGGGACCAAUAGGAUUACCUGGUAGAAAAGGAGAAAAAGGUGUUCGAGGUUUCGACGGGUUUCCGGGUGCCCCAGGAGACAGAGGGCUCCCUGGUAGGUCUAGACAAGGUGAAAUAGGAUUUAAGGGAAUGUACGGAGAAAAAGGUGACAUUGGCCCAUAUGGCAUACCUGGUAGCCCAGGAAAACAAGGCCCACCUGGGUAUCCGGGAACUAAAGGACACAAAGGAUCUCGUGGAGAUGCAGGUCGUUCAGUCAUACCCGGUGAAACAGGUAUUGAUGGAAUUUCUGGUUCACCUGGUGAUCAAGGAGAACCCGGUUAUCAAGGAAUCUCAGGACGUGAUGGUGUUCAUGGUCCCAAAGGAGAAUUGGGAAUACCCGGGGACAUCGGCCUACCAGGACCCAGUGGACCUCCCGGUCGCAAAGGAUUUCCUGGUAUUGAAAGACAAGGUCCUCCGGGACUUCCAGGUCUUAAAGGCGUUCCAGGAAGCAAUGGGCCAUUUGGAGAUCCAGGGCCUGAAGGAAAUUAUGGUUACAAAGGUGAUGAGGGGCCUAAAGGAAUGAAAGGGGAACCUGGACGUUUCGGACCAAGAGGACGAACAGGAGUCCAAGGCGUUGAUGGCUGGCCAGGAUUUCCAGGUUAUCUUGGCAGACCGGGAAUUAAUGGAGAAACAGGUGAUAUUGGAGAUACGGGGCUUCGUGGUGAUGAUGGUUAUCCUGGUUUACCUGGUAUACCGGGACGUCGUGGAUUCAAAGGACAACAUGGAGAUAUUGGAGUAUCAGGAAAACCUGGUGUAGAUGGCUGGCCUGGCAUUAAUGGAUCUAUAGGUGAAAUAGGUGAACCUGGCCGUAAAGGCCCUCGGGGUGAAGAUUCUCUUAAAGGAUCGAAAGGCGAGAUCGGUGAGCCAGGACAAGAAGGUCCUCCAGGAUAUGCAGGGUUACCUGGUAGGCCUGGAACAAAGGGAUCUAUUGGAGAUUCUGGUAUUGCACAAACAGGCCCUCCAGGGAGAAAAGGUGAUAAAGGUAAUGACGGAUAUCCAGGAAGAAGAGGAUUAAGGGGAUCAAAGGGAGAUAGUGGAGAUUUUGGUUACCCAGGUGAAAAAGGUGAUAUUGGAGAAAAAGGAUUUGAAGGCUCUAUAGGAUUACCUGGAAGGAGAGGAUUUAAUGGGUUUAAAGGUAAAAAAGGAUUCGGGGGACUUCCUGGAGUUGAUGGUAAAAAAGGUGAUCAAGGUUUGGACGGGGAGCCGGGAUACAUGGGUAUGCCUGGGUUACCCGGAGACAGGGGGCCUAUAGGCUAUAAAGGCGAAACAGGAGACACUGGUCCAAAAGGAGUCAGAGGCGAUAUAGGAUAUACACCGUCAUUCAUAGCAACUAAAGGUGAUAUGGGCGACAUUGGAUAUUACGGCGAAUCAGGAUUACAGGGUGAUAAUGGUGAACCAGGAUAUCCUGGAUUAAGAGGUAUAAAAGGAGAACAAGGCGAUAUUGGUUUUAAAGGAUUGGCUGGUGAUAGAGGACCGCAAGGAAGAAAAGGCCCUAUUGGUGACAGGGGACCCCCAGGAAUUCCAGGGUUAGGAAAAUUAAUAUGUGAUGUGUGCGAAGCUGGUAAACCUGGAAUUCCCGGUCUUCCCGGAUGGCCAGGACCAAUGGGGCAAAAGGGUGCUCCUGGCGAAUUUGGUGUGGAUGGGCCUAAGGGUGAGCGAGGACACCCCGGAUUAACUUUUUCGGGUCGUAAAGGAUUGAAAGGUGAAUCAGGAAAUCCUGGUAGGAAAGGUUUUCCUGGACGUGUCGGUAUGCCAGGCCUUCAAGGAAGUCCAGGAUAUAAAGGUUAUCGAGGUGACGAAGGUGAACCAGGAUUUGUUAUUAGUCCUAAAGGUAAACAAGGUGAAAUAGGUGAAUAUGGUGCAAAAGGUGUUGCCGGUGACAAAGGUGAUAUGGGUGACUUUGGUUUAUAUGGUUCUAGAGGACAACCUGGACUGACUGGCCUUAAAGGCUUACAAGGUGAUGAAGGUGAACGAGGAAUUUCGGGUAUACCUGGCUUAAAAGGGAUAAAAGGAGACCAAGGAGAAAUUGUAUUGUUCGUUCCCCCUGGACCACCGGGCGAUGUAGGCCCAAUUGGGCUUCCAGGUUUUCCAGGCCUUCCAGGAAUUCCAGGUAAACCCGGACGAAACGGUACAUUUGGAUUAAAAGGGAACAGAGGAGAACCAGGUGUCCCUGGCCCUGCAGGAAUACCAGGUCUUGAAGGACGUGAAGGCAGAAAAGGUGUUGCGGGCUUAAAAGGCUAUCAAGGCCAACGUGGUGAUAGAGGCCCCCCUGGAAUACCCGCCAUAAGACCAAUUCCAAAGUCUAGAGGUUUCUUUUUUACAGUUCAUUCACAAACAGAAAUGAUUCCACGAUGCCCAGAAGGCACUUCACCUCUUUGGGACGGUUUUUCACUUAUACAUAUUGUAGCUAAUGGCAAAGCACAUGGACAAGAUUUAGGUGCGCCUGGCAGUUGUCUACGGAAAUUCUCAACAAUGCCUUAUAUGUUUUGUAAUAGAGUUCAAUUUAUGGAUAAAUGUGAAUUUGCUCAAAGAGAAGAUUACAGCUUUUGGUUAUCGACUAAUGAACCUAUGCCAAUGGCUAUGACUCCUAUACAAGCAAGAGAUGUCGGGAUGUACAUAUCUCGAUGCCAAGUUUGCGAAACGCCAACACGAGCUAUUGCCAUUCAUAGUCAAAGUACCGUGAUACCUAGCUGUCCUAACGGUUGGGAACAAUUAUGGAUAGGAUACAGUUUCCUUAUGCAUAUGGCAGGAUCAGAAGCAGCAGGACAAAACUUGGCAUCACCUGGGUCAUGCUUACGUGAUUUCCGUACGAGACCUUUCAUCGAAUGCAAUGGACUCGGUCGCUGUAACUACUUCGCUACUGCCAUUUCAUUUUGGCUCUCUACAAUCGAUGAUAACAAUAUGUUUACAAAACCCGAUCAACAAACAUUGAAAACUAAUCAUGUUUCUAAAAUCAGUAGAUGUGCAGUUUGCAUGAGAAAGCCACCGAACGUGUCGGCAGGUGAACAUUCGCCUUCAGUAGAAGCAGUACCAAGCACGUAUACAAAAUACAGGCGCCCAAGUCCUGUAUUCAGACGUCCUCAGAGUCGACCGUAUCGGCGGUUACGAUAUCCAGGUCGAAACAGAAACACUCGAAAACUCCAAGUGUAAAGAAAAUCGACGUUGUUUGUGAUACAUAGAUAAUAGAUAUUUUCAUUUCCUACAUUUUUUUUUCAUAUUAAGAUGUCAUCCCCACAUACUUUUUAUUUUUAUACCUCAAUGUUGUUAUAAAACAUUUUCAAAUAUAUGUAGACCUCUUGAACACAGGUAUUACGUUGCAAGUACUUAUUGAAUUUAAGUACUAUAAGUAUGAUAACACUGCCAGUUUAUUUAUAGUGUUACUUAAUAAAUGAAUUUAAAUACUUUCAAUAAAUUUAGAAAUAAGUAGGUACCUAAAUCAAAUAAGGCAUGAAUAUGUUAGGGAUUUUAUUUAUAUUGAUUGAAAAACAUCUUUUUCUUCGUGUGAGGUGUAGGAAGACACCUAAUAUUGUAUCUAGGUAGACAUGUAAAAUUCACAAAUAAAGAUUAUUAUUGGUGAUAACAUAACCAUUUAUGAACCUAUCUACCUACUAGAACAUUGCCACUAUAAAUUCUAUAUAAUUAAUAUAUAUGUAAUACUCACCAAUAAAUAUCUCCUAUAAUAUCAGAGUACCUACCUAGCUUUGAGUUGUACAAAGAUUUCUGAUAGCGUUCACGUUUCCUCGAUAAGUUUGUAAAGAUCUUUGAAUUUUCUAAACUAUCCUCUAGAAGCGUAGCAUUUUUAAGCGUAGAUAAUUUCAAUAAUGUAAUAUAAUGUGAAACUUUGUACAACUAAAACGUUUGGUUUGAACAUUACUGAAUAUAUAAUAAACUCAAUUGAAAUAUUAUUACAAUUUAUUUUAUUUACAAAUGUUUAUGUAGGUAGGUGGUAUCUAGUCGUACGUUAGUAGGCUCACUACUCUAGAUCCAAAUUUUUAUCCAACAAGAUGAUUACUAUAAUGAUAACAACAAUAUUUAAUAUUUGUAAAUAUAUUGCUAAUAAAAAUUACUUUUAAUUCUGA